AUGUUAAAAAAUUUAGAAACCGAGAUAAUAAAAAAUUUUGACUCAGAAGAAUUUAAAGGAAGAAGAAUUCUUGUCUUACAUUUCGAAGCGCCCAAUUUACAUAAUAAAAAAGUACAAAAUCAACAUCAAAAAAUAUUAAACGAUAUUAAAAGUAAUUAUCCAAUUUAUAAUAUAAUUACAGAUUUAUUGUAUUUUUCGAGAUGCUAUUGGAAUUUUUUGGCAUUAAAUGAAAAUUAUCAGCCAGUAUUUCAAAUUCCAAGUGUUAAAAAAGAUAAAUUUUUUACAAUAAAAAUAUCAGGAAAAGAUCUAAAUCUCGUAAGCCAUUUUAAAAGUAAUAUAUUGCGAGUGAUUAAAUAUAAAAUCGAAUAA